AUGCUUCGACCGCUCUACAGACAGGCCGCAAGGCAAUUGAGCGCUCCCGUCCGUUCUGCCGCAAUCGGGAAGCGUUGCAUGCACACUCCGGUAGCAUUUGACUGGAAAGAUCCCUUGAAUGCGGCCAAUCUAUUCACAGAAGAGGAGCUUGCUAUUGCAGAAACAGCAGAGUCUUAUUGUCAGGAACGCAUGCUUCCAAGAGUGCUAGAGGCGUAUCGCAAUGAGGAUUUUGACCGAAAGAUCCUCGAAGAGAUGGGUGAACUGGGUCUCCUAGGUGCCACUAUUCAAGGCUACGGGUGUGCAGGCGUCAGCAGCGUAGCAGCUGGUCUCAUCACUCGAGCAGUCGAACGGGUAGACUCGGGAUACCGGUCUGGAUAUUCCGUGCAAAGCUCACUUGCCAUGGGCGGCAUCGAAGAAUUUGGCUCUCAGGAACUCAAGGACCGUCUACUACCAAAAAUGGCAAAGGGACAACUCCUUGGUUGCUUUGGUCUCACAGAGCCUAAUCACGGCUCAGAUCCAGGGUCCAUGGAGACAGUGGCAAGACCACAUCCCACCAAGAAGGGCUACUACUCAUUGUCCGGCUCGAAGACGUGGAUCACAAACUCACCUAUCGCCGACGUUCUUUUGGUAUGGGCAAAACUCGAGAGUACUGGCAAGAUUCGUGGAUUCGUCGUGGAGCGUGACCAAUGCCCACCAGGAACGUUAGAAACGCCUGCGAUCAAGAACAAAAAUGGGCUCCGAGCUUCGAUUACAGGCAUGAUCCAACUAGACGACUGUCCUGUUUCUGAAGCAAACAUGUUCCCUGAAAUUGAGGGCCUACGUGGACCCUUUAGCUGUUUGAACUCGGCGAGAUAUGGCAUCGCGUGGGGCACCAUCGGUGCGCUGGAAGACUGCAUCUCAAGAACACGGCAGUAUGCUUUGGACAGGAAACAGUUCAAGGGUAAUCCCAUUGCAAAGUACCAGCUCGUACAGAAGAAACUGGCAGACGCCACGACCGAUGCUGCUUAUGGUAUCUUGGCCGCGCACCAGGUCGGACGUCUCAAGGACGAAGGCAAGGCCUCGCCAGAGAUGAUCUCUAUGAUUAAAAGGCAAAACUGCGACCGAGCUUUGGUCAAUGCCCGAACCCUCCAAGAGGUUUUUGGUGGCAAUGCCGUCUCUGACGAAUAUGGCAUUGGAAGGCACGUAGCGAAUCUGUUUGUGACCCAAACGUAUGAGGGCCAAAGCGACAUUCACGCGUUGAUUCUGGGCCGUGCCAUUACCGGUCUCCAGGCUUUUUGCUGA